ACAUAUUGUCGCCUGGUGUCAACUCCCAAGGAAUUUUAAUUUGUAAUCAUUACGGUUAUGUUCUUCGGUGUUGUCGCAGUAUUAAUGAUAAACCGAUACAAUUAUUCCUUUUAGAAAAAGUGUUUGGGUAGAUUGUUUAGGCAUUUCCUAAAAUUCCGAAGUAAGAAUCAUGUCUUCGUGGAAGAAAGCAGCGAAAUCAACGCAAAAAUCUCAUAGAGAGAGACAUCAACCCGAGUCUCGUAAUCAUUUAGGUAUUCUGGAGAAGAAAAGAGAUUACGUUGCCAGGGCCAAAGAUUACCAAGAGAAACAAAAAACAUUGAAGCUUCUACGUAAACGUGCCCUGAAUAAAAAUCCAGACGAGUUUUACUGUCACAUGAUCAACUCUAAGAUCGAAAACGGAGUGCAUAGAGAAAAAAGCAAAGACGAUUCUUCGACUCCGGACCAAAUAAAGUUGAUGGAGACUCAAGAUAUUCGCUACGUUUCUCAUAAGAGAACCAUAGAAGCCAAGAAGAUAGACAAGCUACAAAGUCGGUUACAUAUGAUCGAUGCUGCGAACGAGAUUCCAAACAAGCACAUAUUCUUUCUGGACGAUUCGGAAGAAAUGAAAAACUUUGAUUUAGCAAAAAGGCUGGACACGCAUCCGGCGCUAAUAAAUAGACGUACGAAUAGGCCCAAGUUGAGCAGAUUAAAGGGCAUGAAGAUGCCGGAAAUAGAUGUAAAAACAUUGAAUAAAAUUGAACAGCAAAAACAUAUGUCUUACAAAGAGUUGGAAAAAAGGAUCGACAGAGAACGCGAGUUGACUAUCGUCCAGCAGAAGUUAGAAAUGCAAAGAGCAUUGAAAGAUAAGAAGAUUACUAAACCUAAACUAAUAUCCAAAGGCACUAAGGAUUCUGCUCCGAUAUACAAAUGGAAAUUCGAAAGAAAACGAUAGCUCGUAUUCGGUCUCUUUUUUAAUGAAUCUUUUUCAAAUUACUUUUCUUUUUAUCUCGAUCAAUCUUUUUCAUAUGAUACAACUAUUUCUAAUCGA